CGUGUGGUGUUCCUCUCGUUGAUUGACCAGGACUCUGCAAGAAUCGGUUCGUCUAUCAGGUCGCCGAGACCGGGCAAGGAGGAGCAGCGGCAACGGCCGGCAAAGGAGGCACGGCAGCACCACCACGGCCCAAGACUUUUGCGGUCGGCUGCUCCGACGACAUUCGAUGUCCGCAUCCCACACCGGCAGUCCAUGGACCAGACCCAUCUCGACCGACCGCCUGCGAAGUCCAACCCUCUCUUGUUUUCAACCACGAUCUCGCUGGUUUUCGUCGUCGACUUUUUUCCUUCAAUCGCAUGCGAAAAGUCGUCAUUUCCCAUCGUCCGAACUCUACGAACAACGGGAAUUCGCCGGUCUCGUCGCUGAGUGGUCGGCGUUGACACACAGUAAUUCUCUCAUUGGUCGGCUGCCACCCGCCACGAUCGGGACUUGGCUGAACACUGCCGGGGCACCUGGGCGAGGCAUGUCAGGGCCCCCGAUCGAGAGUCUCACGAGAUCAAAAAUGACGUCUUUGGCAUGGCCGAUUCAGGGAAGCCGAGCCAGAAUAGCGGCGAUACCAUCAUGUGCGGUGUCUUUCAGGAGAUCUUGGAUAGUGCAAGAGGCAGCCGGGAAAGCAGGGCCGGCAGACAAAGACCGCUUCCGUGACGUCGGCCGCGACAAGUGUCGGGCUGGGCCUGAACCUCGAAUUCGACCACGACGUGGAGCACCGGAAUCGGGAACCGGGAGUGUCUUUCUCACAAGCCACUCGGUUCUUCUGGAACCAAUUGUGUAUUCCUCAGGGGGGGUUACGGGGUGCAUCUCGGUACUGGCAAGCGCCACAUGGAGAGGCCGAGGACGUGUGUGCAUGGCGACGGGACACGAGCCCACAGCAGGGCGCAGUCGACAUUGUUGCCAGAGCCGGGUUGAGUCAGACUCGUGUUCGGCCGACGGCGGUCAGUGGUUAUUUUCGGAGUAUCGUUCCGGGCCAAGCGGUGGGAGAUAAGACGGGAGGACGUUCUGGAACUUGCAUGGAGGAUAUCCACGAUCCAAGGGACCAAGUGGAGGGUGGAGGAUGACUUUGAUGUGUCACAGCGC